CCUAAAUUCUCCCUACCUAAUUUCAUUUUUGAAUAAUAAAUUCGUAUCAGAUUUUUACAUAUUGUUUUGCAACAGAUUGAACAAAAUAUUUUUCCCAAUCGAUCUGAUCGUUCUAAAGCUUGGAGUAAAGGAUUUUUCAUUCAGAUUUCAAGAGGGAAAUCAAUGGCUGGAGCUUCUGAUGAUCAUUCUACCAGCAUCUGCAGCCACUGUGACAGAGCAAUUCCUUCUACCAAUAUUGACUUGCAUUUUGCCCACUGCUCCCGGAACCUAGAAAAAUGUAAAGUAUGUGGUGACAUGAUUCCCAAGAAGUUCAUGGAGGAACAUUUUCUAAGCACUCAUGCCCCGGUAUCUUGUUCUCUUUGUAGUGAGACAAUGGAUCGUAACAUUUUAGAUGUUCACAAAGGAGAAAAUUGCCCGCAAAGGAUUGUGACUUGUGAAUAUUGCGAGUUUCCACUACCUGCAAUUGAUUUGUUGGAGCACCAGGAAGUAUGUGGGAACCGGACAGAGUUAUGCCUUUUAUGCCAUAAAUAUAUUAGACUCCGAGAUAGGCAUGGCCAUAAUAGCAGAUGCACUGGUGGUGUUAAUAACAUUGCAGAAUCUUCAAGGAAUAUCAGGCCACCUGAAAGGGCCCAAGGUGCUCCAAGGAGGCAACCCCAGGAGUUUUCACCAAGACGCCUCCUGUUUACCAUCGCAAUCACUGGAAUUGCUGUUCUGUUAGGUUCACUUUUCUUUCAGAGGAAACCGGAUUCCAAUCAAGUGAACUAGUAUUGUCAAGAAUGUUUUAGAGUUGUUCAUAUGUGGAGUCCAUAGACUGGUGAUUAUAUUUUUUACGUGAGUUUAGUUUUAUUCCUGUAAGCUUCACAACAUGUUAUAGUGUAGAAAGAUGAUGCGUAAGAAUCCUGAUAUGAUAUGGGAAUUGACAUUUACUUUGGUAAAUAUUGGUAUAUGUGAAAGGAAAACAAAAGCAUUGCGGAACUAA